AUGUUUAAAGGAACUGACAAAUCGUCGCACUUUACUACUCAAUGGUACUACAGAACGACAGAUACGAUUAAUAAAAACAGUUUGCAGUCCGUAGAGCUUAUUGAUGCUAUAGACGACAAGCAUGUAUUCUUCCCUGAAUCCAAGGACGACAACCCUUUAAAUUGCCUUUUUGAAAAGCUUACAAUUGUCAGACUGCCUUCAAAUGUGGAUUUAUUCGCAAGGCAGGAUGCAAUUUCAAAUUGUGACUAUUACUACGACACGAAGUAUCUAGUGUCAUAUUCAUCAUUUGUUAACUUGCCACUCGAUAAUCUAGUGAGUGGAAGUGAAUCCGAUUCAACCCUUUCUAGUGACUCUGAUGUUGCAGCAGUAAGGGUUGAAGCAAGAUUGAUGCUGAUGAGAUUUCAAAACAUAACGAGAACAAGAAAGUUUAGAUGA